AUGGCAGCGCCUCACAUCGAAGAGAAAUCCGGUGACACCCCCGAGGUAGCUGGGUUAAAUGCAUCAGAUUCAUACAAGAAAGACUACCGUUUCUGGGCCAUCUUGUUUGCGCUGUGCAUCACCUCCCUUCUCGCAUCGCUGGAGAAUACAGUCAUUGUCACCUCGCUGCCCACAGUUGUCGAAAAGCUCAACUUUGGAAGCAGCUACGUUUGGGUCGCCAACAUAUUCUUCCUCACGAGGACCUCUACAACUGGGAACAAACUGCGCCGAAUCGACGUGAUUGGCAACGCCAUUCUGAUAACAUCGACAGUGUCCGUUCUCAUUGCUCUUACUUGGGCAGGCGCCGUACAUCCCUGGUCUUCCUACAAGGUCAUCGUCCCCCUGAUUCUCGGUCUAUUGGGUCUCGCUGGCUUCUGCGUCGUCGAAGGAUGCGGAAUAGUCCCAGAGCCAGUGAUGCCUCUCCGCCUGUUCGCCAACCGCACCUCAGCUGUGGUCUAUGCCACGACCUUUCUCAACUCGGCAAUGGUAUACUGGGCAUUCUUCUUUCUCCCUCUCUACUUCCAAGCCGUGAAGCUAUCAACUCCUGCACGGUCCGGCGUGCAGCUACUACCGGUUUGCCUUAUUGCCAUUCCAGGGGCUGCUGUAUCUGCGGUGGUACUCAGCCGCUGGGGAAGAUAUAAAGCCCUCCACAUCUCUGGCUUUGCGCUCCUUGCAGUCGGCUUCGGCGUUUGGACCCUGCUAGACCGACACAGCGACACAGCGGCAUGGGUGUUGGUCCAAGUUGUACCAGCGCUGGGGUCAGGGAUGCUCCUCAACACGCUACUGCCGGCAUUUCAGGCUAGCUUAGAAGAGAAGGACCAGGCGGCAGCAACAGCGAGCUGGUCGUUUAUCCGGAGCUUUGGUCAGAUCUGGGGUGUAGCUAUUCCAGCUGCCAUCUUCAACACCUACACCGCCAAGUUUGCUGAGAUUGUUGAUGACGCUGGGGCGAGGGAUGUGCUGAGACAUGGAGAUGCUUAUGCGAGCGCGACGAAGGUGUUCGUUGAGAGUUUCUCUACACCCGUCAGAGAUCAGAUUAUUGAGGUUUUCACUGAAGCUUUGAGGAAGGUCUUUUUUAUUGCGCUUUCGUUUGCGGGGCUCGCCUUCUUGCUGAGCUUUCUUGAACGAGAAGUCAAGUUGAGGAAGGAAUUGGAGACUGACUUUGGACUUGAGGAGAGGGACCAGACGGAGAAAGGAGUGGUGUCGGUUUAG